AUGGCCGCGCCUCCUGCAAACCCAACCCCCUCUGGCUCGGCGCCCGACAUUGACAUGGCGGACGGCAACGGCGAAUCGUCGUCAUCGUCGUCAUCUUCUCACGAGAACGGGCAGGAGCCGCGUUCACUCAGCGACGUGUUCUUCCAGCGCGCCGCAGUCGAAAACAACGACGUCGCGUUCGAGAUGUACGAGAUGCUCAAGGAACUGGAGGCAAAGAUGGCGGCGGACAAGCGAGACGUGGCACGGCAGAUGACUGAGAUGGCCGAGAGGCUGCGCGGCCGCCAUGGGAAAGACGGACCGUCGGUCGACUUGCAGCGGGGUUCCGACGGCGAGCCGUGGGUGCGGGCGGAUGAGCGAAAGAAGCUCAGGGACGAGAAUGCGGCGUUGAGGGAGGAGCUCGAAGCCCUUCGCGAAGAAUGCAAGACCAACAGUGCGGCGAUUGCGAAGCUCGAGCGGUUCAGCGGAAAGGAGGAAACCAUUGUUCGCGCCAUCAGGAGGCGUCAGCUGGAGAAUGAAAGCAACACGAAGGCGGUCGACGGCCUCGAGGGGGAAGUGAAAGCGGCAAAGGAGGCACUCGCGGAGCUCGACGAGUUCAGCAGGAACGGUAUGAGACGUCAUGAUUCUGAGAACGUGGCAAUCAGGAAAGAGGGCAGGGAGGUCAAAGAUGCGGUCAAGGAGCUUCGUGAACAGAGCAAAGCCAAUCGAGAGGGCCUCGAUCGGGUCAGCAGAACGUUUCGAAGGGAGAUCAACGAGUUGAAACGGGAGGUUGGAACGAUGAGGAACAAGUCGGAUGAAGGGGUAGUCAACGACUGCUUCGACGCGGAAAGCACCAUACGAGUGGCGCCACCUGCAAGACGGCAAUCCACUAGCACAAGGACGCCCACGAAGCCCGCUGAUAACAUCGAGGUUAGCGAUGCGGCGUUCCUGGACAGGGUCAGCUACAACGCUGCGGCAAGCAUGACCAACGAUGCCCGGACGAACGCAUUCAUCAACUAUCUCAUGCAAGAGUUCGAAGUGAAAGGUGGCGCCAGGGUGUCACAUAAUCACCACGCCAAGGCUCGGUUCAGGGACUAUGCGAUGCUGCACGAGUCGAGCCUGGUGGCAGGCGACAAGCAUAUCAUAGGGCGGACUGAGCGCAACUUUUGGGCCGGUUGCGACUUGACUUGGGCGCUGAAUGGUGAUACUCUCGACAAGUACACACAGCGUCGGGAGGCUUACGGCCUUGGCUACCACUGA